AUGGAUCAUUCCGAAGGAAUGAAGAAAAGUGUGUUUGGUUGGUCAAUGAAAUGGAAUAACUCAUUACAUAAGACAUUUCAUUUCCUCAAAAUCAUUCCAUCCGCCCCCUAUGUUUUCUUUUUAUUCCAUCCACUCUUACAACCUUCAUUAAGAACAGCACAACCUAGUACCGUUGCCACCAUCCACCACCGAUGCCCACCACUGCCGCCACCACCCGCCACUGUUAUCGGUCACAUCCGCCUCUGCUUCCACCACCGCUCGUCGCCCACCACCGUUGCUGCCACCACCACUCACCGUCGCCGUCGCCGUCACCAACCACCACCGUUGUCGCCACCGCCACCCACCUCCGACGCCCACCACUUUCGCCACCCACCAGUCACUGCCACAUGCCAUCGCCUCCGCCGCCACCAACCACCGCCGCUGCCGUCACCCACCCGCCGUCGUUGCCACCCAUCGCUGCCUCUACCGCCACCAACCACCACUGAUGGUCGCCGCCACCCACCCGUCACCGCCACCCAUCGCCGCUGCCACCACCUAUCAACACCCACAAUCACCGCCACCCAUCGUCGCCACCACCACCUAUCACCACCCACAGUAACCCCCACCGACCACCACCCACCACCAUCACUCACCGCCGUUGUUGGUUGUGUUUUAUAA